UUGCCUGUGUAGGAUUUGUACUGACAUUUCAGCUGUUGCUGUCAACAGGAAACCAUCUCAGCCAAAACAAAAUUAACACACAGAGGGAGAAAUCGGAGCUGUCUGCAGAUUCUAGCACAGACGAUUAACUUUCCUGGGCGAUCGUUUGAGCGGGUUGUUUGUCUGCUUGUCUUUUUGCUCUGAAGAGCAGCUCUGGAGGUCUUCUUUCCUGAAACGUGUUUUCUGAGCUGCCUGGACUGAAGCUGAAGCAGCUGUGGAAUUUGUCUGAAACUCUUUGCCUCUUGGAAGCAACAAAUGUGAGGUAAAUUUCUAACCGGAAAAGAGAGAGAAGACUGAAGUGAUGAUGAAUAAGACAUUGACAGGAUUCGAAAAUGAAACUUGUGUUAAAAUUGAAAAAAGUGCCAUCAGCCACAUUUUGAUGUCAGCAUACAUCUUUAAUUUUAUCUUUGGUUUGAUCUUCAACGUGCUGACUAUUUUCCCCAUUUUGAAACAAGUGAAGCAGCAAAAUGUUUUGGGAGUUUUCCUGCUCUGCUUGUCUAUCUCGGACUUGCUUUUCAUUGCUACCAUGCCCCUUUGGAUUCAUUAUUACAGAAAUGACCACAAGUGGGAGCUAAAUGUUAUGUCCUGCAAUGUAAUUGGCUUCUUCUACUACUCCAACAUGUAUAUCAGCAUCUACUUGCUCUGCUGCAUCUCUGUGGAUCGCUGCCUGGUGGUCUGCUACCCACUGCGCUUCAAGACCCACCGAACAUCUCUCUAUGCCUGGUUACAGUGUGGAAUUAUUUAUGUUGGAGUGGCGGUGUUGCACAUCAUUGUGCUGGACAAUGACAAUCUCACAGAUGCCCAUGAUGAGAAAAAGGACACUUGCUAUGAGACCUACCCUAUGGAAGCACCUGUGGCCAAAUUUAAUCUAGUCAGGGUAGUUCUUGGCUUCCUGCUGCCCCUUCUAGUUUUGGCAGUGAGCUACUGGAGGGUAAUGGCUACUGUGGGCCAAAGUCCUGGAAUGAGUGCCCAGGCUCAGAGGAAAGUACGUCUGCUUUGCUAUGGGGUGAUUAUUAUUUUCUCAAUUUGCUUUGCUCCAUAUCACAUUCUUUUACUCAUUCGCUCAGUAGUCUUUCUCAACAGCAAUGAUCACUCAUCUAAAGGAAGUUACUGCCAAUUUGAACAAGGCAUACACUUCUACUUUUCAUGCACGCUGGCACUGUCCGGUCUGAACAGCGUGGUGGAUCCUGUGCUGUAUGUGCUGGUCACUAAUGGAGUAAAAGAUAAACUUAAACUGUGCUGCGGAGGAUGCGGAUGGAAGCCCACGGAGGGCUCUGCUGUACUCUCACAAAUUGGAGAAAAACAUGUUCGUAGCAGCUUAAUAUGAAAGAUAAAUAUAUCUGUAGGCUGCUUUGUGGUGUGGUAUUUAGCACAUCGGCCUCACAGCAAUAAGGUCACUGGUUUGUUCCUCUGCUGGAGGGGUUUCCUCCCACAAUCCGGAAACAUGCAUGUUAGCUUAAGUGGUUAAUCUAGUUACCUGUGCAGGUGACCUCUCACCUGCUAACUGCUGGUUUAGGCUCCAACUUCCCUGUGACCCUUACAGGGUGUCCAUCCAUUAUCUAUACCUGAAUUAACUCAGCAAGUACAAGAUUUAUUUAUAUCCCAUAAAAACUUUUUUGUAUGGACAGCUAGAAUCGUUUGAGAACCUGAUUACUGCAUAUCUGUUUGUUUUCUCAAGGUUCGAAAAACUGAGUCAUUGGGUGCAUGCAUGCAUUGGGUGAGGAAGUAGUCCUGAGUUCUUGGUGUCAGACUGAAUGUGAUGGAGAGAUAAUUUUUUUCCCAUCUGAAAAGAGAUGAAUGAGAAAAAAUAAAGUUGAGAUUCUGUAAAUAUAUGCACAUUUUAAAUAAGGUACAUAAAAUAUGAAAAGAAAGAAAACCUACAAAAAAGGGAACAUGAAUCAGUAACAUUACAGCUUUUCUUUUGUCUUUUAUUCAUACAAUGACUUGCUUUUCUUGUUUUUUUCAGACAGACAAUCUAAACAUUGUCUGUCUACAAUAAAGCCUAGAGCAUCCAGCUGCUUUAGGAAAUUACUCAUGGUUUAAAAAAGUAAAAGAAGUUUACCAUCCUGGAAAUAAACAUUUCUUUAGACUUGUGAAUAGUUACUUGAGUUGGGAAGUUCAUUUUCCUGUUCUGUUCAUAUUGAAGUUGCAUGUGACAGAGAAGGGCACAAUGAGACCCCCCCCUCCCACUCUGUUUUUGUGUAGGGAUGUAAAAAAGAAUAAAGAUAAUUUUAAAAUAC